ACUAUGUGGGUCAUUGUAGACACUAUGACUCAUGCAAUUCUCAACCAAUAUUUCAUGUCAGUUCAUACCCACAUCUCGCGCGGUCAAAAUUUACGGAGCCUCCUUAAUUAUAUAAGUAAUUCUUAAACAACAAUUGCUAUCUGUGACUGAAGGCUAGGAAAAGUUUAUCUUGAAAUGCUUUGGUGGGAUUUUUCCUUAUGUUUGCUAGUUCCAGCUAUAGUAGCAACGGAUCAAUGGAAUAAAACUGGAAUGUUCAAUGACACAGCCAAUGGGGAGGCUGUGCUGAACCCAGAUGGCAGUAUUACUUUGCCAACUGAAAAUAUCAGUUUAUCUGAAGACCAAAGUGACUUGACCUUGACAACUAACAUCACUCUCCCAAAUGGCACUGUGUCGGUUGGAAAUGUCAUGGUGUUUGUCUUCACUGAUGAUGAUCUUGGUGGUCGCCUUAUUUCUCACCCUGUGAAUACUUCUGGCAUUACUCAAGCCUCAGCAAAAGCGCAGAUGGUGCGCAAAUUCAAGUUAGAGACAGCCAAUGUAACCCUGUCCUCUGUACUUACCAAAGAUUCUACCACAAAUCGGUUUAAAGUUAGAUCAAUUUUUAAAAUUGCUCUGUCUUAUUCAACACUUUACCGGCAGUCAUUUGUGAUAAGAAAGAUUGUUCUUGUUGUCACUUCUCAUGGCAAACAUGAUCAUCAAAAUGAGCAACUAUAUUUGAUUUUUUACACAAAGUCAGUUAUUGUGCCUUCUCCGGUAAUGUUCUCUAAUGUAUCAACAGUUGCUCACAGUACUGUUAGGACACCAAUCUCAGUUAUCAUACUUUCCCCAGUAUUUUUAAGUACUGUAUCAGAAGUUGCCCACAAUACUGUUAGGACACCAAUCUCAGUCAUCAUACCUUCCCCGGUAUUGUUAAGUACUGUAUCAGCAGUUGCUCCCAAUACAGUUAGGACACCAAUCUCAGUGGUUCCAUUCCCAGUAAGCACUACAGUAGCUGGUUCCUCUUCGAGUGUUCAAAACACUGUUAGGCCAACAGCUACAGGCACAAGUAACAGAACUGUGGCUAUCAUUGCUGUUGCUACUGUGUUUGUAGUUUUAGUUCUAAUAAUAGCCUUAUUAUGUUACUGUUGUCACCACAAAAGAAAGGGCAGAAAAAUUGAUGCCACAAAGACUGCUGUGCCACCGGUGUCUGAAAACAGUAAAAAAAUUACUAUGGAAUCCUUUGUUUAGAAGAAAUGUAUCAACAUAGAGCACCUUCUUCAUCUUGCCUUAACCCUUUAACUCCCAGAUCAAAUUUGUCAUUAUCAUAAUAUUCUCAUAAUGUUAGUUCAGAGAGUUUAGUACUGGAUCAACUAAUCAUCCCCAAAUUGAUAUUUUUCUUUAUUCUCAUCACAUAUCUGGUUGAUAUUGUAUUGAUAUUGUAAGGAGAAAUUCUGUCUUGGUCACUCGUGGGAGUUAAAGGGUUAAGUGCAUAUGUUUUUUCUGAAUUAGAUAGGAUUGAGAAAUUAUUCAAUACCUUAACUUAAGGUACACAAUCCAGUAGUGUAAGGACUGCUAUACAUAGCGUGAUAAACUGUUGACUUAUCAAAGUGGCAACAAGAAAAUGCAUUUGACAGAAACUGCCCUCAUAAAUGUUAUAGACAAUGCUUUGAGAGAAAUUGAUGAAAAAUCAGCUUCGUUACUAGUACUGCUUGAUAUAACAAAAGCUUUCAACAGCCUUAAUCAUAAUCUAUUGUUAGAAAAAUUACAAGAACUGGGCCUCAAAGCUUCUGUAACUUCCUGGUUUAGUAGCUACCCAUCCAGAAGAUAUCAAAGAGUACAAUGCAAAGAUUCAGUCUAGGAAUUGUUACCCUUAACAAAUGGAGUACUUCAUGGAUCAAUCUAGGGUCUUGUGCUUUGUACUAGCCAUUUAGAUUAAUCAUUUAAACAGUGUCAUUACACAAAGUCAACCUGCUGCGUAUGUUGAUGAUAGUCAAUUGCACUUUAAAUUUUCUGUGUCAGACUCAUCAAGUGCUAUGGCAGCCAUAAACCAAGAUCUUAGGAACAUCAGUCAAUGGUGUGCAAAGAAUACUCUACUUAUAAGCCCUGAGAAGACAAAAUUAGUGAAUUAGUGGUUGUUGGCUCCGCACAACUUAUUAAUAAACUUAUUUUUUUGCUUUUU